UUCUCCCACCCCUUUCUCAGCAUUCCCUUCUCUUUGCUUCUUUCAAGUCUCAAUUUUUCUAUGUUUCACUAAUAAGGGCAAAAAUAGCCUUGUUUUUUUUCCGUCUGAUGAAGAACUGAAACUGCUCCACUCAAAGACUAUUUCUGCAAAUUUACUCUCUGGGAAGAAAAUAUCAGCUUCAAGCUGUCGGCUGGCACUCUCAGAUACUCUACACUGGAAUUUGCUUAUUGACAACACGAACUGUUCAUUUCGCUUCUUAGAUGCCCAGAGAAUUAUGAAAUCCCAAAAAUUUGAUCUUGAAGCGGAGCCCUCUGUAGAGAAUGAUUCUGAUGUUAGUAGCCAAGUUGCUUCCAACGUAUCAAUCCAAGAUGGACUGACUGACUUCAAGAAUGAAUUGGAUCAAGUAAACAUUCAACUGAAUCCAGAAUCUACCUCCCUCGACUUAUCUCUCAACUUCAGAUCAAACAAGAAUCAGUUAGACUGCACCGAAUCCAUGGGAUUUCUGAUAUCUAGCACAAGUGAGAGUUGUAAUGAACCCGCAAUCCUAACUAAAGAAGUGGUCCCUCCACGAGCCUUUUCCUGCAAUUUCUGUCAACGAAAGUUUUUGAGUUCUCAGGCACUUGGGGGUCAUCAGAAUGCCCAUAAGCGAGAAAGGACACUGGCCAAAAGGGCUACACAAAUGGGCAUUUUUCCUGAGAGGUUUGCUAGUGUGGCAUCUCUGCCUUUGCUCGGGUCUCUAUCCCGAUGUCUAGGAAUAAAAGAGCAUGCUUCAGUGCAUCACGGUUUUGUGCCACCAAUGAGGCCAUUUGAGUUUAGAGCCGGCACAAGAUUUGAAAAUGGCUACAUGAGUCAGCCCAUUUACGUUGAGGAUGAUUCAAUACUGCUAUGGCCUGGUAGUUUUCAUCAGGUAUCUACCGAAAAUAUUUCUCAUCGACUAAUUGUACAGGUUGGAUCUUCAAAUGGAAAUUUUGUCGAGCCUAAUACUUCUAAGGAUGGAGAUGAAUCUACACCAGAUCUCACACUCCGACUCUGAGAUGUUUGCUUGACUGAAUGGCUUCAUUGGAUGGUAUGCUCGACCAAAAUGGCUGGCUUCAUAGUGUAGCAAUACUAUACGUCCACAGCCAGAAAAAAAAUUCUUCGAGUCGGUCUCAAGUGAGGUGUCUAACUUCAAAAUUCAUGAUUUUUAGACUACAUAAAACUUUGGAAGAUGACUUGAGCUUCUUCACAAGGUCAGAUCAUCUCUAUAUCAAUCCCUGAAAAUUGAUUUCUUCUCCAAGCGACUGCGUUGGAUUGCAGAUUGUUGUUGUAAUUUAGCUAGAUGGUAUCGGCUCUCUUGGUUUUGAAUUAGCACUAAUUAGAAUGGAUUUAGAUGUUGAAAACUAUUUGUCUUCCUCACUGGUAACAUUUGUUGCAAAGAAUUGUUCCAUUUGACAGGUAAUUAUCUACUAAAACUAGUAAUGCUUGUGAGUUAAAUUAGAACUCUUUUUGUUCUGUACUAGGAACAAGGUUGUGGAC